UCGGGCAAGCCCAGCGAAAAGGAGCGGCAGGAGGGAAAACCCCCAGGCUGAAGCUCUCGCCCUCUGGGGCCGGAGCAGGGGGCGGAGCGCGGCCCUUCCUGGGCGGAGAGGAGGGGCCCGGCUCGGGUUCUCUCCCGGGGGACUGGCUUCUCUCACACCUCCCACGCGCCCGGCUCGGCUCCACUCCCCCGGCUGAAAGCAGGGCACACACAGGCGCUGGGGAGCAGCUGCCAAGAGUUUGAGCCCCUUCGUCCCUCGAGCAGAGAGGCCACAUGGGCCCCGGCACCACCUGCCCGUGGAAGGGGAGCCUGUCUCGCCUGCAGGUGAGAACCUGGAUCGAGCCCGUGGUGGCCUCGAACCAGGUGGCCGCCUCCCUCUACGAUGCGGGGCUGCUUCUGGUGGUGAAAGCGUCCUUCGGGGCAAACACCUUCUCCAAUAACAGCAGCAGUUCGGCGCCCCGGGGUGCUCUGGAGGAGCAGCAGCAGAAAGCCAUCUCCAACUUCUAUAUCGUCUACCACCUGGUGGUGGGCCUGACGCCCCUGCUGUCUGCCUACCUGCUGGGCUGGCUCAGCGACCGCUUCCACCGCAAGAUCUCCAUCUGCGUGUCCCUGCUGGGCUUCCUGCUGUCCCGCGUUGGGCUGCUGCUCAAGGUGCUGCUGGACUGGCCGGUGGAGAUGCUGUAUGGAGCGGCGGCGGUGAGCGGGCUGUGCGGGGGCUUCUCGGCCUUCUGGUCGGGGGUCAUGGCCCUGGGCUCCCUCCACUCGUCCGAGGGCCGCCGCUCAGUCCGCCUCAUCCUCAUUGACCUGAUCCUGGGCUUGGCGGGAUUCUGUGGGAGCAUGGCCUCCGGGCAUCUUUUCCAGCAGAUGGUUGGGCACUCCGGGCAGGGCCUGGUGCUAACAGUCUGCAGCGUGAGCUGCGCUGCUUUUGCCCUUUUCUACAGCCUCUUCGUGCUGAAGGUUCCCGAGUCAGCUGCCAAGUCCAACCAGGCCCUCGCUGAAGUGGACGCCAUGUCUGGCAUAUCUGGCACAUAUCGCACCCUGGAUCCUGAUCGGCUAGACAAGCCAAGUAUGGUAGGGCAUCAGCCAUCUCCUGGAAAAGGAGUGCCCAAAAAGACCAUUCUUGCCCUGCUAUUUGUGGGUGCCAUCAUAUAUGACCUGGCAGUGGUGGGCACUGUAGAAGUGAUGCCCCUGUUUGUGCUAAGGGAACCUCUCAAAUGGAACCAAGUUCAGGUGGGCUAUGGCAUGGCUGCAGGAUACACCAUCUUUAUCACCAGCUUCCUGGGUGUCCUGGUCUUCUCCCGCUGUUUCCUUGACACCACCAUGAUCAUGAUUGGGAUGGUCUCCUUUGGGUCAGGAGCCCUCCUCUUGGCUUUUGUGAAAGAGACAUACAUGUUCUACAUAGCUCGUGCUGUCAUGCUCUUCGCUCUAAUCCCAAUUACAACCAUCCGGUCAACAAUGUCUAAACUCAUCAAGGGUUCUUCCUAUGGGAAGGUGUUUGUCAUCCUGCAGCUGUCCCUGGCUCUGACUGGGGUAGUAACAUCCACAGUGUAUAAUGAGAUUUAUCAACUCACCAUGGAAAAGUUCGUGGGAACCUGUUUCGCUCUCUCCUCCUUUCUGUCCUUCCUAGCCAUUGUCCCAAUCAGCAUUGUAGCAUACAAACAAGCCUGGUGGUUGAAAUAUGGAGACAUCACAGAAAAAUGAAGAUGCCCACUUACAGGAGCCAAUAGAUACCAGUGAUGGUUAGAUCCCUUUGAAGACAAAAGAAAGGAUCAGGAGCUGGUGACCAAGCAACCCACUGCCUAAGAAACCCCAGUUCCAAUUGUAGUCAACUUCAGAAAGACCUGCUGUGGCCUGAGGAGGGGGUCUCUGAUGGUGUGGGAAAAAUACUUUCCUGGUGGUGGAAGAACUUUCUCAGCUUUUAGAUGUCCCUUUUGGAAGAGGUUAGGCUCUCUGGGCAACACAGCAUGAACUCUCAAGGGUUAUAUACAGACUGUAGCCAUACUUGAUGCUAGAAUAGGCUUCAUUCAAAACGUGGGCCCUGUUCUACCAAGGAUUGUCUUUGAGGGCUCCAUGGUAUGGCUACCUAAUUCCCUGGGUGCUAUGAUAGGAGUCCAGAGGGUGAUUGUUCUCAAGAGAAAACACAAAUGCCUUUCCAUGGACCAUGGGGUUCCACAUAAUCUGGUUUUGCCAUUCUCUCCAAAGAUGUACAUUUAUAACAGUCUUGGGUAUGGUGUGGAAGGAAUGUAUCAGAAAAUCCAACAAUGAACAUCAGUGGAUAUUUUUAAAAUUAAAAUAAAACCUUGAAAAAUUUUAA